AUGGGUUUCGUUAACCAAAUCUUCACAACCCGUCCGACAUUAGAGCAACGCUAUCCUUAUCAACGAUCUGCAAUUUUGUUAUUCCAGGAUCUCCGAGAUGCGUUUGAUUCAUCUGACCAAUCUCUUCUCCUUAACAGACCCUUUCGGUGCAUAGCUGCCAUGCUACCCUUAGGAAGCACGAAGGCUAGGAUGUUGCCAGGUUGCUCAAGCCUAGACAGGAACAGUCGAGACGCAGAGGUUGGGUUCAAAUCUUUGAGCCCCUAA